UUGCAAUGGCCGUAUUAUGUCAGUCUCCCCUGAAUUUGAAGCUCAUCACCUCUUCCUCCUCCUCCUCACGGAAUCGCACUGCCAAUCCCUCCUUCAGAUUAAAUCUCUCCGCUCACUCCCGCAGUGAGCCCUCACCCGUUUUCACCUCUGUCAAGUCCUUUGCUCCAGCCACCGUUGCCAAUCUCGGCCCUGGUUUCGACUUCCUUGGCUGCGCUGUCGACGGCAUCGGCGACUUCGUCACUCUCCGCCUUGACCCCAACGUCCACCCUGGCGAGGUCACUAUUUCUGACAUAUCCGGCGCCGGAAAGAAGCUCAGAAGAAACCCUCGCUGGAAUUGCGCUGGCAUCGCCGCCAUCUCUGUCAUGAAGAUGCUCAACAUUCGAUCGGUGGGCCUUACUCUCUCCCUUCACAAGGGCUUGCCCUUGGGCAGUGGUCUCGGGUCCAGCGCCGCUAGUGCAGCUGCUGCUGCCGUGGCUGUCAACGAGCUUUUUGGCCGCCCACUGACCCUGACUGACCUCGUGCUUGCUGGGUUAGAUUCGGAAUCCAAGGUCUCCGGUUACCAUGCAGACAAUGUGGCACCUGCUAUUAUGGGGGGUUUCGUAUUGAUCCGGAGUUACCAUCCUCUUGAAUUAAUUCAGUUGAACUUUCCUCAUGAAAAGGACCUCUUCUUUGUGCUGGCGAAUCCAGAAUUUGAGGCCCCAACAAAGAAAAUGAGGGAGGCACUGCCGCAAGAGAUAACCAUGUCCCAUCACAUUUGGAACUGUAGUCAGGCAGGUGCAUUGGUGGCGUCCGUGCUGCUGGGAGACGUGUCUGGUUUUGGUAAGGCAUUGUCCUCCGAUAAUAUAGUGGAGCCAAGGAGAACACCACUAAUUCCAGGAAUGGAGGGAGUGAAGAAGGCAGCAAUGGAAGCAGGGGCUUUUGGCUGCACCAUUAGCGGAGCUGGGCCCACAGCAGUAGCGGUGACUGACAAUGAGGAGACAGGGAGAGAGAUUGGGCAAAGAAUGGUAGAGGCUUUUCUGGAACAUGGCAAGCUGAAGGCCUUGGCAAUGGUAAAGAAGCUCGACCGUAUUGGUGCCAGGCUUGUCAGUAGCCAACCCAUAUGA